UACUCUUCUGAUCACUGAAACAUUCUCCGAGCAGUAAAAAAUGGCCACCAACGAAAUUACUUCUCAGGUGUUCCCAAGCAUCAAUUCGUACUGGAGGCACCGAAACUACCAACGUUUGCGCGCGCCGUCGAAGCAGCUGAGAGUAGUCCGGCUCGGCGGGACGAGCCAACGCCGCCCGUGGAAGGCGAGGACGGUUCGGUUCCGAGCCGUUGUUAAGCUCCCGUCGGUGUUGUGGUCGCCGAUCGGUCACGUCCUGACACGGAUAAGGGAUGCUUACAUGGAUGCCAUGCUGGCGCUGGCCGACGGGGCGAGGCGGCCUUCAAAGCUGGCCCUGACCGGCGGCGGCGGUGGGCUAUGGGCGAGACGCAUUCCGAAGGCUCGGCAAGUUGCCGCAAGGAAGGGCGAUUUCGAGCAGAGAAUGAUGGUCCAUAUAUACAACUCGCUGGUCGCCGCGCCGGAAUUGCCUGGGGUUUACAAGACUUAGACCGAGUUCGAUAUUGUGGUUUCAAAAGCACCCGAUUUAUACUUUUCGACGUUUCAAUAUAUAGAGUCGGGUGCUUUUUGAAACAUGAUACCAAGCAAGGCCUUCUCAGCGUACAAGAUUACUGCAAUGAUUUAAAUCACAUGAGAUUCUACUGUGUUAUCUUGUUUCGUUUUUUUCUAAUACUUUUCCCCUUUUUCUUCAAGUGUGUACCGCCAGUGUAUAGUCGAUUGUAUAAGGAAAUGUAAUUAAUAUAA